CAUAUUUAAUAGUUCGUAGGAAAUGUGUUGUUUCGUUAUGAUCCUAGCGAGAUAUUUUAAAGAUAUCCGUAUUUCCCCUAUUCAAGUAGAUAGGACUUGGUCUUUGUCUACCUCCGGAGGUGUUGAAAAUAAACGCCGACUGACGUGACUUGUUAAAAAGGGACUUCGCUUUACACAGUGAGUUUUUAUAACGCAGCCAAGAAGCUUGAACGUGUUGAAAGCUGAUUUCAAAUGAAAGUAAAGUCGCAUUAUGCUCCGUCAACCGCUUCACUUUACAAAAAGGAUGGAGGAUGAAACGGCGGAUUCGGGCGCGGAGACUGCGGGAUCUGACUGCAGUAAAACGUCAUGCAGCAGCAUUAACCCCAUGACGGUCCCAGAUCAAGAGGCCCUUCCAGUCACCAUGCACUUACUUACCAACCCGGGUGACUCGCUCAUGCUCCAGCACACUCUUGACCGUCUGAUCAAGUGGGUCUGUCCCGGUCUCCGCCUCUUCCGCGUGUCCGAACGGGCUUGUCCCCUUCGCGACCACGCCAGUGCUAACCUGUGCACCGUGGCCGGCCACCCCUCGCAUGCAGUCACCCUCUUUCUGCACGAAUCUCACGGAGAAAAGCGUAUUCGCAGGGUACUGGAGUUCCUGCAGUGUCCACCCUGGCAGUACCAUCAUACAGAGAGCUGUGGAUUGGGUGACGUGAGCGCCAUUCCGUCCCCUUCCAGUGCCCUCAUGAGCCCCUGUCUCCUUCCUAGUCGAGACUUCUACAGCCUGGGUGUGGGAAUGCCAGUGUGGGGAGUGCGGACCGUGCAUUACGGAGACGAGGUGGUGCGGGUCACAUUGCACAGCACCUCUGACAAUUUCGAGGACACUGUGCACUUGUACGAGACGGUGCUGCAGAGGAGGGCGGAGGAGCAGAAAACAGGUUUCUGCUGGUUCACGCUGUUUACAGAGCGGGGAUUUAGUCUGCAGUUGGCUAUCAAGCAGCUCUCGCCAGGGGUUCGAGUUGAGCCCUGCUAUUCGUCUGUGCUGCAGUUUAGGAUAGGCGAGGUCGGACAACUAGUGCCCUUGCUGCCCAAUCCCUGCUCACCCAUUAGUGCCACCCGCUGGCAUACUGAAGACCUGGAUGGCAAUAAAAUCCUCUUCCAAGUUAAAUGUCCUGCACAACCCCAGAGGUUCCUCACAUCUGCUUUUCCUCUGAGCUGUCCCAGCCUGCCGUCCAGACCACUACGGAGGAACGGUGUAUCCACUAGGCCCCCAUUAACCACUCCUGGCCUCAAAUUGUCCCAUCUGAAGGAGCGUGCCAUGGGGGCGUGCUCUCACGUGGAGCUGCCCCUGGAUAAUUCUCAAGGUGGUUUGAGAUUAGCAGCAUGCGGUGCUUCAGAAAGCCCCCGCAGCAGUCCUCCUGGAAGCUCCUGUUACUCUUCCCAGCGCAGCAGCCCGGCCGGCCUGUCUGUUCAUCAGUAUGAGCCAACAAUGGCCUCCGAAACCUCUGUGUCCUCUCCUCUGCCGGAAGAGCCGGAGACAAAUGUGGACACAGGCUAUGCUGUAAACCCACUGCCAGAAAGGACAUUAGGGGCUUCUGGUUUGGAGACUCUAGCCAGGGACCUGAAAUACAGCCUGCCUGAGCCACAAUGUACUCUGACCACACAAGAGAGCUCAGAGAUGACACGGGCAUCACAGUGUCAUAGUGUGCGCCAACGUGCGCAAGUAGAUGAGUUCUUUAUCUGACUUUUCUUGUUUAGUUCACAAGGUAAAUAGGUCCAUUUCGGUGGGUAAGUCUCUUAUACGGUAUUUGGUAAUGCCUUGGCAAAGAGUCAGCAGCCUUAAAAUAGCAUUCUGCAAAUAGAUCACAAUUGAGUAUAUGUUACAAUUAAUUGUUCAGAUGAAGACAAGUAUCACAAGCAUUGAUGUGCCGAUCCUUUUUUCUUAAUAUUCCUUAAAGUCCCCGUGAACCUGAAGUCGCGAUCGUUUUUUACUUCCCUGUUUUGACGCGUUUCAGAGUGAAAUGGAAUUUUGAAUGAGAAAAAUGGUGGCCGUGGCUUUCGUCUUUCUCUGUGUUUUGAUUGGAUGUAUAACAACAGCCGUUGCAUUUUGAAAUGUAACUGGCAGCAGACUGACAGUUGAAGGGGAGGAGUUAAUGGAUGCUCCGCCCAAGCCAUCUAACACAAGUCAUCUUAGAUGGAUACUCACUACAGGACAGAAGUGCAUUUUCAGAUAUUACUGAAGAUUAUGAGGGCACACGAUUUUAAAAAGGGGAAAGACCCACGUUGAUAAACUAUUUACAAUAAAUGCUGCAAUAUUUCAUGGAAAAAAAAUGUAUUUCACUGGGACUUUCAAGGAUUUGCUCAUAAAUUACCCCACAAUUUAUAUGUGGUGUAAAAAUGGCUAUAAAUAUAACUAAACUAAAAAUAUAUAGGAUUUUCUCUCACAAAUAUAUUGUUUUUGCCUCGAAAUACAUUUAAAACCACUUGAAAUAUGAAUUUUUCAUACUUUCAUAUAUAUUCAUAAAUAUGCUUUUUGGAGCUUGAAAAACUCAGGCACUUUUCAUGUUCUGUAUUCAUUUUAUAACAACUAUACCUCAUUGGGUGGAACUUAUUGGACUUUUAUGCGCAAACCCAGUCUGGAGCACUUUGUGUUGUUACAGCACAACACUGUCUGUCCAUCAUGUGCAUCACAGUGCAGGAGACUGAACAGUGAGAGCAUUAUUCAUUAUUCAUUCACUCGCACAGCUCAUGCACACUAAAUGAAGAAUGCUUUCUGAGAGUUGCACAUAAGACCUUAAUGACCAGCUUACCAAUCCUGCUCCUACACUGUAAAAAAAAAAGUUGAGUUAACUCAAAAACGUGCUUGUGAUAGGUAGCCUUAUUAUUUUGAGUUCACUCAACAAAUAGAGACUGAUGUCCAACCAACUUAUAAAACUUAUGUUUAAGUCAUUAGUUGUCACAACAUAGUCAAGUUUACAUAAUGAACAACAGAACUUUUUUUUGUUGGCUGAACAUAAAUAGAGAAUAUAGAUUGAUUAUUUUAAAAUAAACAAAUGUAUUUGUUUUUUACGUAACGCAACAGAUAACUAACAGUAACAACGAUAUUAAAGCAUAAAUUAAGCCAGCAAGAACUAAAACACUAAUCUUUAAAAGAAAAACAAAUAAGAAACCGUGAAUUGAACAUGCUGCAAUGCAUCUUGGGAACUUUUAAACUCUAUUGUACUCUACUCGCAAUAUUGUUUGUUCAGAAUACUCUGUUUCGUAAAUUGGUUUUGGCCAAAAACUUGAGAAUCUUAGUCCAGUCAACAAAAUCAUCUCUUAGUUACAUGUUUAGGCUAAUUUUGUUUAGUAUAUGCAAAACAGUCAUUUGACUCCUUUAACUGUUCAAGUUUAUUUUUGUAGGGAGAACAUUUUGCAAGUUGGAUUUUUAGCGCAACCUAUUGUAUGACUUCAGGAGACAAACAUGACUAACACAGGACUGGAUUUAGUAUUGCUGUCACAUGACCUCACUACAUUUAUGUUCAAUUCUGCGAGUAGCAUCUCUAUAAUCUUUUAUAAAGGACCAAAAAAGUUUGUAAAGUGAGAAAUUUUAUAUUUUACUUCCAGUUUAUUCUUCACACUGGAAAUUGUUGGUCAGCUCGAGCACACUGCAUUGUGGGAUACAGUAUACUCUUGUUGUAUACUGCACACGUUUUUUAUAAAUGUAGUAGUCCAUCUGUUUCAUAUAAAAAAUACUGCAUACUGUAGAAAUAGUAAUAGUGUGUGCUAAAAUGCAAUUCCCAACAUUCUCACACAGACUAAGGUGCAAGUCAAAUAUAACAACUUUGUAAACGAUCAAGAAGCAUUUUAAAGCAGGGGUUGUCCACCUUUUUGACACCAAGACCCCCCAUUGUAUUCCACAGAAUAAAAUAUUUUAGAGCUUGACAUUAUUUAAUUAUUGGCCAAAUAAGAAAUAUCCUUUUAGCUUUUUUAAAUGUAUUUCAAUGCCCAUUUUGCUUAAUUUUUAAAUACUAGUCAUCUUGAGGGCCCCUUGAAAGUCAGCUGGGGCCCCCUUGUGGGCCGUGUCCCCCAUUGAGAACCACUGUUUUAAAGGCAAUUGGUCUAUGUAGCCUAAUUACAGUUUUUGGGGGGGUGACUUGUUUUUCUUUUUUUUGUGGCCACUAAAUAAGGAUAAAGAAUAACACAAAAUAAAUGUUUUAUACUGUAGGUAAAAAUGUAUUAUUAAUGUAUUAAAGGGAUAGUUCACCCAAAAACGUCAAUUCUGUCAUCAUUUACACACCCUCAUGUUGUUCCAACCCUGUAUAAAUGUCUUUUUUUCUGCUAAACACAAGGGAAGAUAUUCUGAAGAAUGUCAGUAAGCAAACAGAUCUCAUCCCCCAUUUACUGCCAUAGUCAGGAAAAUAAAUACUAUGGGAGUCAAUGGGGGAUGAAAUCUGUUUGGUUACUGACAUUCUUCUUCUGGCAUCUCUUACCAUUAUGAAUUCAACAUAAAGCUAUAUAACUUUAUCAAUUUGUUGUUGUAUUUGUAGAUCACAACCAAGAAAGACAAUCUUUCCUGUAGUUAAU